AUGGACGCCACGGAUGGGCACUAUGGGACUGCCCACCUGCCCCUCACGGGCGCCAUCUUGUGCUGCACCGCCUUGCCGCAUGAGCAGCGCGCCCAACUCUCGGCCAUUGGCGCGCAGAUGGGUGCGACCAUCAAGCUCGACCUCACCUCGGACGUAACGCACCUUGUUGCCGGCAACACGGACAGCGCCAAGUACCGCUACGUCGCGAAGCUUCGCGAGGAUGUCAAGGUCCUGUCGCCGUCGUGGCUGGAGGCGCUGCGUGAUGUCUGGAUGGAGGGCGACGAUGACAUGGAUGUCGCCGGCCUCGAGAAGCAGUACCGGCUGCCCACCUUCUUCGGUCUCAAAAUCUGCCUGACAGGCUUCGACAACCCGGAACAACGGAAGCACAUCCAGGACACGGUCGACCAGAACGGUGCUGAGUACCAUGGCGACCUCACAAAGAACGUCACCCACCUCAUUGCCGCCGCGCCGACUGGAAAGAAAUACGAACAUGCGCUCAACUGGCGAAUGAAGAUUGUCACUCUGGAGUGGUUCCAUCAGAGUCUCGACAGGGGCAUGGUGCUAGAAGAGACCCUGUACAACCCCACACUGCCGACGGAAGAGCGCGGGAAGGAUGCAUGGAUUCGCAUACAGUCUCCUCCGCCAGCACUUGGCAAGCGGACGCGUGUUGCUGAACAGCCUCAGCCGCUUAACCCGCUUCGGAGGAAGCUACGUCGUGCCGCAAGCACUAAGCUCGGAAUCCAAAGUGACGCAAUCUGGGCUGGCAUCACCACGCCGAGUUUCGAUCAAGGCAAGAUCGAGCAAGACGAAUGGAGAGAAGACAACUUGUUCAAACAGACCACGCCUCAUAGCGAUACGCCGGUACAACAGGAAGACACCGCGGUUGCUCGAGCAGCCGAGGCAGAGGGGAUCAGUGCACCCGAGCGCGCUGCAGCUGUUUUACCACAGCCGCCGGGACUAGACCCAGACGAGGGCAUCUUCCACAAUCUCAUCGUCGUCACCCAUGGCUUCGAUCAAGACAAGACCAACAUACUGCAAAACCAUCUAGAGAAGAACGGCGCUCGGGUCUCCAGCAGCACUGAUCUGGAUAGAUUCUCUGCAGAAGAGCUUAAACACGGAUAUCUCGUGAUACCGCAUGAUGUUGAGGUCGAUGCAGUGUCUGGAUCGCUUCCGGGUCGUGCCGGAACCAUAACGAACCUGGUCACUAAUUGGUGGGUUGAGCGCUGUCUGUAUGGAAAGCGCCUAGUCGACCCCACAGACGACGUCUUGAGUCGACCUUUCGAUAAGCUUAGCAUCAACGGGUUCUCUGGCCUGACGGUGAACUCUACUGGAUUUUCAGGAAUUGAGCUAUUGCAUGUGACGAAAGCUGUUACGCUUAUGGGUGCGACCUAUGACGAACAAUUGCACGCCAAAACCUCGGUCAUAGUCUGCAAUAGCCGAAGACCAGCCCCACACAAGCUCAAGUUCGCUACGGACAGACGCAUCCCAGCUGUACACGCAGACUGGCUCUGGCAAUGUUUGCACACCGGCGCUCUGCAGCCGUUCAGUAAUCAUUUACUCAACACUCUUGCGCCGCGUCAGCCACAGAAGACAAGGCCAAAGCCUCAGCUUACCGAGAAGCCUAUUGUUGCUCUUCCGAAAGAGGAAGGCUCUAAGCUCCAAGAGAAUCCAAAGAAGACAAACGCAACACGGAUCGUGACAAAACCACAAAACUCUCGAGCUCGGGGACCACAGAUACCUCGAGCUCUCGAUCUUGCUCCCUCCGCGGAUGCUACACCUGCCUCGCCAACUGACCCACUCACCUUGCCAGCUGACAGCACGCGCACUUCUCAUGCGUUCGAUAAUAAUGAGGCUUUGGGGGACUUCGACGGUAAUGCAUCUGCACCGUUGCAUGAUAUCACUGCAAACUCACCCCGUCGUCCUUCAGCAUCCUCAACAGGCUCAGCUACCAAUGGUAAAGACAAAAGAAGGCAGAGAAGCUCGUCGGCCGAGUCUCUAAUCAGAGCUAUACCUGCAGCGCGCUCUUCCAAUCCAGCUCGAGAACCAACACCCGAUUCUGUGAUACCGGCUCCAUCAGAGCCGCCAGUUCAAGACCCUCAGCCGCCGGUCAAGGGGCCUGAAGAAGAGAAGGAUUACUCUGACCUCCUGACCAAAUUGCGCGCAACCCGAAAGGCUGCGCCAACGCCGGCUGAUCAAGCAGAUGAGAAGCGUCGUAGACGUCGCCAGCUAGGUCGUGCGACAUCCACUCGCUCAGUUGGAUCUGCAGGAGAUGCCGGCUCAGGCAACCUGAGUCUGAACGGCGAAGACGAGGACGAUGAGACGGUCGUGAUCAACGAGUAUCAGCCCAGCCAAGAAUUGGGUUGGGAUAGUCCUGGUGCGGCGAAGGCGCGAGAGGCCAUGAUCAAGAAGUUGGGCGGCACGUUGAAAGAGAAGAGUGUACCUGUAAAGGCCAUUGGUGGGGCCAUGGAUGGACCAAGCGAGAGUGGGAUGACGAGCCGUGCAGGGAGGAAGAGGAGACCUGGUAUCUAG